GCCAAAUCAUGUCGGACGACAGCUUGGAGGAUGGCGGUUUGAGCAGCGCCACUUCGAGUCCCGAAAAGCGUCGCUCGACGGUACCCGAUAUUUUACCACAUCAACGCAGUUUUGAGCAACGCUACAGUCACAUGAUACAUAAGCAAAUACUGGAGACGGGGGUGAAUAAGGAGGCGCUGCAGCGGCAAAUCAAUGCAUAUUUCUCAUGCGGUGGUGGUGGCGCUGGCAGCAGUGGUGCGGGUGGCGCCAGAAAUCGACAGAGCUCCUUGCAGGAAGAAAUGAAUGAAAAUGUGGCAGAAGCCGCAGCUGAAGGCGAGCGUCAAGAGCAGGAACAGAAGCGUCGUGUAGGGCGUACAGGGGAGGAGAGUAGAAGGMCGUUGGACAAGGCAGAAACUGUGGACAUAGCUGAGUUGCAAGGCGCGAAAGUUGGUGGUGAUUUGUAA